CGCUGAACUCCACGUCACCCGGAAGAGAGGAGUGUCGGAGUGUGAGGAUUGUUUACAUUUUCUGUAGCCCGUGAAAAUGAAUCCACCGAUGAUCAACUCGACCAGCUCUGUUUCAACGACCAAAAGGAAACGAGAAGCUGAGCGCUCAAUUAACUGGACAGUGGAGGAAACUCAGGUGCUGCUGUGCGCCUGGAGUGACGAGCGCAUCCAGAAGAGUUUGGCAGAAAACCUUCGCAACCGACAUGUCUUCAAACACCUCUCAGCCCGCAUGAGUGAAAUGGGUUUCUCUCGGAGUCCACACCAGUGCCGUCUUCGGGUCAAAACUCUGAAGGCUAACUAUGGGAGAGCCAAGCUACAGAGGAGCAUUGGCAGCUCACAGCCUUGCACUUUUAAAUAUUUUGCGGAGAUGGAUGCUGUUUUGGGUCGGAGGUCAGCGGGAGGGGAAGGGGGGCCCUAUUUUGUUUCUCCAGAACAGGCGGCAGAAAUUCACCUUGAAUCCCUUGACAAGACAGGAAGUAUCCAGCCAGAUUUAAAUUCUAAUACAGAGAUUAGUGGACACAAUUUUGGUUCUUUGGGGAGGACAGGAAGACAAAGUUUGAGCUCUUUAGAGGAAAGAGGAGGCCUUCAGUCUUGGCAGCUCGACUCUGAAGUUAAGUUGGAGGACAGAGAAGAUUCAACAGAUGAGUUUGAGUUCAGCGAUACAGGGUUCCCACAGCGACACCAUGAAGUUUAUCUGCAAUCGUCCAUCCAUCGUGAAAUGAGUGGUACUCUAGUGGAAAACAGCGUGAGCACUCCUUCCCCACAUGUAGUACCACCUCCACCGGCUCCUCCCCCUCCCCCUCCUACGCAAUCCACUGCCUCUCCUCUCCCUGCACCCCCAGAUCCAAGCUCCAACACCCUCCUCACUUCUGGUCACCAUCACACCGAGUCCUCCUGCCUGGAACCCGCCCUCAAGCACCUGACGGAGUGUUUCCAGCAACUGGUGUCUGAGACAAGGGGGCUACUGGUGCAGCUGGAGAACCAACGGCAGGAGCAGGCUCGCUGGCAUCAGGACCUCCUGGCCCAGUGGCUGCAGAGGGAGGAGCGCCGGCAGAGAGAGGCGGCUGAGAGGGACGAGAGGAGGGAGAAAGCUCGCAUGGAGCAUGACAUCAGAGUCCUGGAGCUCCUCACCAGUCUAGCCAGAGAACACAGUUGUAAAUGUGGAGGCAGCCAGACUGUAGCGGAGGCACCAACUGGUCCCAAUCACACCAUGAACAAAGGCAGAAAUUAGUAUGCACUCACACAAAGGAUCUCUAUUUACAGGGAAUGGUAUUCAACCUCAGGUGGAACCAAAUAAAGGAACUGAUAAUUAGGGCUGCACAAUAUUUUGUUUCAUCGUCUACAUCGCGAUGUGUGCAUGUGCAAUAGUCACAUUGCAGGACGUUGCGAUGUUGACAAUACAGCUUUUUUGCUGCUUAAUAAAAAAGUAAACUUUCAUCGUUCUCCUUUUACAUGAUUGUUACCAGCCGACCCUUCCCCUUUAAAACAGGUCGCCACGUGGGCAACGUGUGAAUGUGACGUAACGUUAGUCCGACGGGGUUCAUUGUUAUGGGAAGGGAGGCCCUCCAUGUGUAGAAAAGUACUGCAGGCAGCAGCUGCCGCUGACACAGUGAUGCACAUGCUUUUCCAUGGGUAGUGAAGCUACAGUAGUCCAUUUUUUAUGUUUGCUACAGAGACAAACUAAAUUACCUGGAUAUUGCAACAUAAUUACGACAUUUUCAGCCAGGCUAAAGCUAAUAAAGUUAGCAUAAAGAAACAAUGGGUCUGUCCCAAGUAACGUUACGGUUCGGAGCCGCAGCGCUGGAAAUGUAAUACUAUUCUACAACAGCAGUCUGUGUAUGAUGUAAUGUAUUUGACACUGAUUUAAGUGUUCUUGGAUGCACCGUUUGUUACUAGUGAGACAUUAAGGCUCUGCAUGCACAGCAAACCACCAAUCAUAAUCCGUAUUGAUCAAUUUAUCGAACAAGCAAAGCAGGCCCCGCUAGUCGACCGCAACCUGAAAGUUAGUGCAUGCAUGUUGCUUCCUCUAUCAUUCACUUUAGCCUGGAUCGAUAGUAUAUAUGAAUACAAGGGUGUCAUGUCAGUCAGUGUAUUUUUCCCUAUUCAAAAUCUCUUCAGAAAAGUAGUCACAGCGCUUUACUUGCUUUAGUGUUUGUAAAGCAUUAAAGUUUAACAAAAAAUGGUUUACAUAAGAAAAGUUACUUUUUUUAUUUUCUAUGUAGAUGCACUCCAAAAGCCGAGAAUUAUUCUUUUUUUCCAAAUAAAGCUAUUUAUGUCAUCUUGUAAAAAUUAGGCUUUUUUCAUAUCGCAGG